AUGCAAUCAAGAUUGGUUCCUCUCUUGGGGAGUGGUGAUAUUGGUGCAUCUCGUGGAUUCAUUCAAGAAAGCCCUUUGUUGGAAGAUGGCGAGUCGGUUUCGGAAAACUCGAUUUCAAUCACCCCUCCAUCGAAAGUGGCUAGUUGCAAAAUGGCCAAGUCGCUAACCCUUCCCAAAAGUCAUAGGAACGUUGUUGUUCGCUCCCAGUCUACUAGUGAAAUCAAAACGGGGGCAGUGGUAAAGCCUUUGAAUUUAGAGUUUUUCGUAUCAAAUACUGAUCCUGCAAACGCAACAGCCUCUUCUUCGGGAUUUAUCAUCGAGUCCGUAUCUGACAUCACUUCGAGUGAUAUUGACCAGGUUAGCCCUGUUCCGUUCAUAGAAGACUUGACGGUGGUGAAGUCCCCCCAUGAACCGCCGUUUGAUGCAACCUCCCUUUUACAUCAGGGCCGAACCUCAAUUAGACAAUCCCUCAUUAAUGAUCAAAAUGAUAUCUUCCCAACUCCAGUAGAUAAUUUCCAUGGCUAUUUGAACGAAAGAAUGAUCCGAUGGAAACCAAGUGAUUCCCAAUAUAAUGUCGAAGCAACCAUGGAAGGUAAGCAUCCCUUCCAGUCGAAAAAUUUUCAUCCAAUAUCUUCAAAACAGUACGGCUUUCUUGGUGGACUUACUAACUGGAUACUUCCUAGGAACCGAGAAGACGGUUCAGAAACCGUAAGAGCAACUGGAAACACAGACGAUUCAAAUACAACUAUGUUUUUCUCUGCUGACGAUUUUUUACAGAAAAAUCAAAAUAAUAAAGAUUCACCAGAUUUUACAAAGCUUUUACAUCAGCAUAUCUUAAAACCAAAUAGUUCAAAUUCAAUAAUACCUUCUCCUCAAAUUGAAAGACCGUCCCCAAACUCUUUGGCUGUCUUUGUUUCUCCUCCCACGGAUAUAAUAAAUGAUGAACCUCUGAGAGUCAAUGAGCCAGCCUAUACUCCAUUGGCGGUUUCUUUUAAUGAAAUGAGCCUUAAUUUUGAAAAACGAGAAAACGAUGAAAACGGUAGUUACAAUGGCUUAAGGGUUGAAAAUGAUAUUUUGACUUCAAUUGAUGGUGAUGUUAGAGAUAUAAUAGAUGAUUUUGAUCAUGUAUUAGCUGGAUGUGUUAACGGAAUGAAAAAAUUUUUCAAUUCCAUUGAUACAUUUUGCAAUCGAAUCUACUGA